UGUGACGACCUCUAGCGCGAGUAAGACACAUUAUCACAACUCCAAUUCCCACAAUGCACUUCCUCCUUUUAUUCCCAUCACUCCCCGCUGCAAGCUCCCCGCACCAGUCAAGAUGGCGGACAGACCAGUUCCUGUUGCUGAGAAGCGCCUGAUGGAGGUGAAGCUGGGGGAGCUGGGAACCUGGCUCGGAGGUCGGGACUACAGCCCGAACGGCAUCGUCUCGAUGUUCCGCCGAGCCCAUACGAGAUACUACAAUAAGUACAUCGGUGUAAAGAAGGGAGGCAUCGGUGGCAUCGCCAUGCUGCUGGCCGGAUACGUGGUCAUCAGCUACGUGUGGUCAUACGAUCACCUCAAGCACGAUCGCUGGAGGAAGCACCACUGAGCGCCUCUAGCCGCCAUCACAGCAUCAGGGGUCCAACCACGAGCUCCCGGCCCCUCCCUGCUCUUUAUAUACCUUCAGCUAUAUUGUGUUAAUAUGCGACUGUUGUGACCAAUAAAAAGUAGAAAUGUGA